GUCCACCCAUCCGUCCUCAUUGUCCUCAGAGGUCUCCUUGCCGUCAACAGACCUUCUGUUUUACCCAGCUUUCUUCCUUGUUUUCACGGUCUAUUCUCCCUAUAUCCAGUAAAUUUUACUGCCCAAACGACUCCGCAUCCGAAUCAGCGAAACAACGAAUGUCGUUCGUCAAACUCAGCAUCUUCGGUACCUCGUUCGAGGUCACGACUCGAUAUGUCGACCUUCAACCUGUCGGAAUGGGUGCCUUUGGUCUCGUAUGUUCUGCCAAGGACCAGCUCACAGGCGCGUCCGUUGCGGUCAAGAAGAUCAUGAAGCCCUUCUCAACCCCUGUCCUCGCCAAGCGCACCUACCGCGAGCUCAAACUUCUCAAGCACAUCCAGCACGAGAACAUCAUCUCCCUCUCUGACGUCUUUAUCUCCCCCCUCGAGGACAUCUAUUUCGUCACUGAGCUCCUCGGUACGGAUUUGCACCGGCUGUUGACGAGCAGGCCGUUGGAGAAGCAGUUCAUUCAGUAUUUCUUGUACCAGAUCCUUCGUGGCCUGAAAUACGUGCACUCUGCCGGUGUCGUCCAUCGUGAUCUCAAACCCAGCAACAUCCUCGUGAACGAGAAUUGUGAUCUGAAAAUUUGUGACUUUGGCCUUGCCCGAAUACAAGACCCGCAGAUGACGGGCUACGUCUCGACACGGUACUACCGCGCGCCGGAGAUCAUGCUCACCUGGCAAAAGUAUGACGUCGCGGUCGAUAUCUGGAGCACGGGAUGUAUCUUUGCGGAGAUGUUGGAGGGGAAGCCAUUGUUCCCGGGCAAAGACCACGUGAACCAGUUCAGCAUCAUUACCGAGUUGCUCGGUACGCCUCCCGAUGACGUCAUUGAGACAAUCGCCAGCGAAAACACGCUCAGGUUCGUACAAUCUCUCCCGAAGAGGGAGCGUGUCCCCUUCAGUGAGAAGCUGAGGUGUAAUGACGAGUCGGCGCUCGACCUGCUCGAGAAGAUGCUCGUCUUCGACCCACGUAAACGUAUCGAUGCCACCGAGUCGCUCGCGCACGAGUAUGUCGCACCGUAUCAUGAUCCCACGGACGAGCCCGUCGCGAACGAGAAAUUCGAUUGGUCGUUCAACGACGCGGAGCUGCCGAUCGAUACUUGGAAGGUCAUGAUGUACAGCGAGAUCCUCGACUUCCAUCAGGUUUCGGACCCGGGUGCUGCGGAUGGUGAGGCACCGUCGGGCGCGUUGGCUGGACCAGAGGGACAGUCGAGGUUGGGGAAUGGGAACGUUGAGCAUAUCGGGAAGUAAAUUCAGCGCGCAUGAGAUGCGGUUUGUCCGGAGAGCGAGAGGAGAGAGAGAUUACGAUCCAUUCUUCAAGACCCCAUGGACGAUUUGGUGUUGUCGACGGACUUGUAUUUUCUCUAUUCUGCGAGCGUAUAUUCCUUUUAUUCCCCCCUUCCCGUUUCUCCCUCGUCGGUGGCUUCCUCGUCGAGCUCUUUCUUGUUUGUGUGGUUGUGACUGUGCGUUCGUGCGUUUGUGUUUUUCUUCUUCUUUAUUUUGUCGUGGUAGACCGUGUGAAGUGUCAUCCGAUGUCAAUGUUCGUGUUCAUGUUCCGUCCAGUCUCGUCCCUGUGUAUUCCUGCCUCCAUUCACGCAUAGCAUUCACGCAUUCACUUUCCUUUCCAUGUCCUACGUUCACGGAGUUCUUUCUUGCCCUAGCUGUUGGUCGAUCCAGAGUCCUCGGGGGUUGUUAGUGUAUCAGACGUCGUUGUCCUUGGGGAGAAGAAGAAACAGAAGAAGAAAUGGUCACCGUGUUUUUUGUGUAUAGCUGGUGCUUGUGAAGAAUCGCGUGUACUUACUUACCCCACCCAGAGUCUUUGUCCGUGUCCGUGUCCGUGCCAGUUCAAUCGCAGUAUAACCCCGUACAUAUAUCCUUUGACCUUCCUCUCCUAACCGCAGGCCGCACUGAUCGAGAUUCCUUGUCCCGUUUCGUUUCUUUCACCUUUCUUCCGGGGAAUUUGUGAGCCUUAUGUAUUGCGACCUACGUCAUCUCGUCUUUAGCUUUCGUCUCAGUACCCGACCCCACUCACCCGCAGACUCUAGUUUUAUCUUGGCACCUUCCUUCCUUCCUUCUCUUUCUUGAAACGCUACCAUACACGCGAUCUUUUGUUGUUUACUUUCUGUGUCAUUCACGUUUCUAGUCUCGUUUCGUCUCGUUUCGUUUUGUUUACGCCACUGUGAUCUAUGACUUGUCCUAUAAUCCUGUAGCUGCAUUAAUUCUGUCCUUGCAUACGAAGGGAUACGAUAUUUUAUUGCAUUGC